AUGGAAGGGUAUUUAAAGAAAUGGGUGAAUUUCAUGUAUUAAUGGUAAAAUCGUUAUUUUAUUUUACAUGAAGAUUCAUUGAUCUAUUGUUAGUCAAAAGGAUCUCCAAAGAAAGGUAAAAAAACAUUUAUAAUGAUUAGGUUAAGUACAUUUAAGUAUAUGUUCAAUUAGAUCUGUUCCUAAGGAUCCAUAAAGAAUUGUUAUAAAUUCUGGAAUGAGUGAAAUGCACUUAAGAGCUUCAUCAGUAUAAGAGAAAUAAAAGUGGUUAGAUGCUCUUUUGUAUGCACAAUAAAGAGUAUUAUAUAAUCGUUAUAUAUAGUUUACAUCUAAAUCUUAGAAUAAGAUGCUUGUUUAGAGAAAAAAGAAUCCUUUUUAUUUUAUAGAAGGUGCUCCAGAAUUAGAUUUGAAACGUAUCCAUACAACAUUGACAUAAUUUUGGGUUAUGUAAGCACAAUUAGAGGAGUAGAUUUCUCUAAACAAUACUUAGAGAAUAAGCUAAUUGAUUUAAGAAUUAAAAGUAAAUGGCUUAGCAAAUUUAGCACACAACCACAGCUUGUGCAUAAGAAUUAGAUGAAGAGUAUAACAAGUUGAUUGAAAUAAGCAAAAAGCUUUAAGAAAAAUUAAGAGAAACUAACGAUUAAAAUCCUCCUGAUCAUGAUGAUCUUGAAGAAGAUGAAUUUGUACCAACUGAAUAGUUUAUGAGUUUUAAAAUGGAUGAAGAAGAAUUUUAUUCAAUUAAUAAUGAACUUUAUGAUGAUAGACAAUUAAUUAGAAGACUUUCUUCUAAAAAAAUGUCUAUGGCUGGAGUUUCUCCAUUAUUUUAGAUACUUGAAUAGCUAAGAAUUCCUUAACCAAUCAAAUAUAAAAAUUUAAUUAAUAAUGAAGCAUUUAAAGAUAUGAUUAUUGGAAUUGAUGAGACAAGAGAAUUAUUACCUGCAUUUAAAGAUCCUAAUGAAAGCAUAAAGUUUGUUUCAUUAUUAAAAGAUAUGAUAGGAAAGGAUCUCACUAAAAUUGCAUUCCCAGUAACAUUUAAUGAACCUUUAUCAAUGCUCUAAAAUUUAUGUGAAAAUUUAGAGUAUUCAGAAAUAUUAGAUUAAGCAGAUUCAUUAUCUAAUAGUUGCGAAAGAUUAGCCUAUGUAAUGGUAUUUGCCGCAGCAGGAUUAUCUGCUACUAUAAAUAGGGUCAAAAAACCAUUCAAUCCAAUUUUAGGAGAAACAUAUGAAUUUACUUGUCCUAAGUUUAAAUAUAUUUCAGAAUAAGUUUCACAUCAUCCACCAAUAUCUGUAGGUUAUGCAGAAAAUGAUCAUUUUGAAUUUUUAUCUGAUAAUAAUGUAACUACUUCUUUUUGGGGUAAAUCAAUUACUGUAACACCUCUUGGUUGGGUCAAUAUUAAAUUAAAAAAAUAUUUAGAUUAAAUUGCAUUUUAAAGAUGUAAAUCUUCUUUUAAGAAUUUAAUAAUGGGACCUUAGUAUCUAGACCAUUAUGGUGAAAUGAAAUUUAAAAAUGAAAUUACUGGAGAUACAGGAACUCUUAAAUUAAUUGAAGGAUCUUCAGAAGCCUCAUGUGAAUUAAAAGGUUUUGUUAAAGAUAAACAAGGAACUUAAUAUUGUACAAUUUCAGGAAAAUGGAAUUCAGAAAUAAGUAUUUCUGUCGCUGGAAUAAAUAAAGUAAUUUGGGUUCGUAAUUAAUUACCUUAAAAAUGUGAUUAGUAAUAUUUCUUUACUAGAUUCGCAUUACAAUUAAAUCAUUUAAAUAGAUAACUAUUAAAAACUUUACCACCUACUGAUUCUAGAUUUAGACCUGAUUAAAGAGCUUUAGAAAAUAGUAAUAUUGAUUUUGCAGCUAUUGAAAAAACAAGAUUAGAAUAAAAAUAACGAUUAGCCAGAAAAGAACUUCAUGAGUAGAAAAAAGAUCAUGUUCCGAGAUGGUUUCUAUAAAAAAAUGGAAAAUAUUUUUAUGGAUAAGAAUAUUGGAAGGUUAAGGAAACACCAGAAUUCUAAACAUAAGCAUUUGAUAUUUUUUGA